UCUCUCACUCACUGUCGCUCUAAUCCAGCACUCAGGUGUUUGAGUUCCUGCGACUGCCACCCUCGUAUCAAAGCGCUGUGCAGAGGAACGAUGGAAGACACGUUGUUGAGCGACCUGACCGGGAGUUAAAGAACCGACAGAAUCGAGUUGUCGAACAGAAUUAUCCCUUGCAGAGCAGUAAAUCCAUCCAACCCCCCCCCCAAUUUCAAGCGAACGAGAGCUUCACUCGCCUGUUUCUGUGUGUAUCGCCUUGGAUUGAUUCACUUCACCUUGGAACUCCUCAGUUUCGCACAGAGUGGACCAAAAGCCGGGCAGACACGAGGAUGUGACGCCGCACCCCAGCAGGAGGCGAAACGCCAGCCUUUUGGAUGAGGAGGAGACAGAUUGGCAAACGCAAUUCACACGGUACUGCAUAAAAUAAAACUGCACCGAAAACGUGGAUGCAACAUUUUGCCAAAUGCGUUUCCUCCUUCUUCUUCUUCUUCAAGUGCCUACAAGUGAAUGAGUGGCCAAAGUGAAGACAAUGAAACUCGGCAGCUGCCUUGAGGUGGGGUGUCGGCAGCACACUGCGCUUUACACAACAUAGACGCUCACGCUGCUUUUUUAUUUUUCUUUCUGCAAGCAUAAUGAUCAUCAGGAGGCUCAUGAAGAAAACUGAGCAGUGGUUUCCUACGCUGCAAUUACUGCUGAAGCCACUUGGAGGUUUUGGUUGUGGUGAGAAUGACAGCUUGCCAUUCGUUUUUCAUUUUUGUACUGUCUUUUAAAGCACUCCCUUAGGUAGCCGUCCAAGGGAGUCGGAGAAUCCGUUUUUUAAGUUUGCAACCUGCUAAGAAAAAUUUGACUUCUUCUCUCAAUGCGCAGGCAGAGAGCCGUGAGCAACAGACAUCAGGAAUCCUCAACAGCUGCUCAACGUUUCGCAACAUCUUCAUUCAGCUGCUGCUUCACAAGCAGUUUACUUCCUUUGGGAUUAUUUUAAGUUUUUCUUUUCUUUGUGCGGCGUAACGUUACUCAAAUGGCAUGGGUCAGGUUGUUCAGGAAACCUGGGAGCAAUCUGGGAAAAUCCUACCAGCCUGGGAGUAUGCUAUCACUGGCUCCUACAAAAGGCUUGCUUAAUGAGCCAGGACAGAACAGUUGUUUUCUUAACAGCGCUGUGCAGGUUCUGUGGCAGUUGGAUAUUUUCAGAAGAAGUUUACGGCAGCUGCCUGGUCAUAUCUGUCUUGGAGAAGCCUGUAUAUUUUGUGCUUUAAAAAGUAUUUUUGCCCAGUUUCAGCAUAGCCGUGAAGGAGCGCUCCCUUCGGAUAUACUGCGGAAUGCCCUAGCAGAGACCUUCAAGGAUGAGCAUCGCUUCCAGCUUGGCCUUAUGGAUGAUGCUGCCGAAUGCUUUGAAAAUAUUCUAGAUAGAAUUCAUUUUCACAUUGUGCCUGACAAUGAAAAAGACAUCUGCACUUCAAAAUCCUGUAUUACCCACCAGAAGUUUGCAAUGACUCUUUAUGAACAGAGUGUUUGUCGCAGUUGUGGAGCAUCAUCUGACCCCUUGCCUUUUACAGAAUUGGUGCAUUAUGUUUCAACAACAGCUCUGUGUGAUCAAGUAAACAAAAUGAUGGAAAGAAAUGAACGCCUUAAAUCAGAUAUGUUUGGAGAACUGCUGCAAGCGGCAAGCACCGUUGGUGAUCUUAGGAACUGUCCAAGCAACUGUGGGCAGAAGAUUAAGAUACGGCGUGUGUUAAUGAACAGCCCAGAAAUUGUUACCAUAGGCUUGGUCUGGGACACUGAGAACUCCGAUCUGACUGAUGAUGUCAUCAGAUCUCUUCGGCCACACCUGAAUCUGUCUGGGCUUUACUAUCGUGUAACAGAUGAGCAAGCUAAAAGGAGUGAGCUCCUUCUUGUUGGGAUGAUUUGCUUCUCUAGUAGACAUUACUGUGCCUUUGCUUAUCACACCAAAUCCUCCAAAUGGGUUUUCUUUGAUGAUGCCACUGUAAAAGAAGUUGGAACUAAAUGGAAAGAUGUAGUUUCAAAAUGUUCCAGAGGCCACUUUCAGCCGCUCUUACUCUUUUAUUCAAACCCUGACGGGACUGCGGUGUCAUCUGAAGAUGCGCUUAAACAACCCAUUUUGUGUUCUCAUUAUAAAUGGCCACUCAGUGAAGAGAUUUCUGGAAAGGACAUUCCAACAUCUGGGUCCAGAAAGCUGGAACCUCCAAAAGAGAAUGGAGUUGGCCUAUUCUCAAGUCAAACCAGCUUCAAACACAAAUUACAGAUUUCUUCUAAUUCUGGAUUUAACAGAGGGACUGGUCAGACGAGUGGAGGCAGAGGGCCAGUAAAGAUCAUUUCCUCCGAUCCAAGGAGUAAGUUGGGUGAGUUAUCAAGAGAAUGUGCACAAAAAGCUGGACAAGUUAAGAACCAGCCCCGGAUUCAAAAGAAGGAGUUCGAAAGAGGGCAAAGGAGACCAGAAAUGGGCAGAAGUCAAGAUUUGAAUUCAGACAACAGAAUGUACUCCAAGUCUGCAUCACCCCCUACAGAAAAUGGAUUUAAACUAUAUGUGGAUCAACGGUUGUAUGCAAGUCAAGGUAAAGGUUCAUCCCGUCCAGAAAAAAUGCCCCAUUUUACAAAACAAUCCCAGGACAACUGCUUUCCAAACAAUAGAGUACAAGUGCUGCCAAGCUCCCCAACACCUUGCCAGGUUGGAAAUGAACAUUUUAGUGGCUAUGAUACAGACAGCAGUCAGGACUCCAGGGCGAAGAAUAGUUCAAGUCGCAGUAAAGCGAAGGCUUGGAAGCCCAUGAGACAAACGCUCAACGUUGACAGCGUAUUUAGAGAGAAUGAGAAGCAGCACCAGAGUCCUCGGCACAAGCCUGCAUCCAAUGAGAGAGUAAUGAGCCCCAAACAGUGGCCCAGGGAGGACCGAAUGCAGAAAAGCUUAAUGACCAUCUAUGAGGAUGAACAGAAACAGGAAACGGGAAGCAAGAGCUCACUGGAAUCUGAUGACAAAGGAAACACAGAAAAAGAUAAGACUACAGGUUCGUUGAUCCUGAAAGUCCAUACUGAUAGUUGGCAGAUGCAGCGAACUGAAUCAGGGUAUGAAAGUUGUGACCGACUCAGUAAUGGUUCUACAAAUCUAGAUUCUCCUGUUGUUGAAAAUUCCAUCUCCUUGGACCUCAAGUGUAUGCCAGAUCAUCAGACAUCCAGAGAUCGAUUUGAGCAAAGAAUAUCGGAUUUCUUGAUGUCUGCUAAUAUACAUUCUGCAGUUUCACAAGGCAGGCAAGAAUUGGAAAGUACUGACACGGAUCUCUACAAUAUGGAGAGAUUCACAUUUAUACCUGAAAAUAAAGGAAGGAUAAAUAGUUCAGAUGGAGACCCAGGCUUUUCAGAGCAAGUAAGCAUAGAUGCAAAGAAGUCUGAUGGAAGUGCAGGAAUUGUCGGACGUGUCAUUCCAUCUCUAAGCAACCUGGAGAAGACAAGUGCCGUCGAUUGGAACAGUUCGUCAAAAGUACAAGACUACUUAUCAGAAAUAAGGACACAAACACUUCCAGUUGCCCCCCCGCACAAGACGAUCAUGUUGAAGUCUGAUCUUCAGUAUGAAGAAAUGGCUAAUUCUAGUACUCUCGCAUACAAUCGUAAUCAUGGUGGGCCAAACGAAAUUAAUAGAUAUCAACAGAAUGACAACAGUGAUUCAUCUCAAUCCAUCUACCAAAAUGUGCCACCACCACUACCUCCAAAGAGAUACCAGUCACUGCUGCAUUCAGAGGAUACCUGGCAAGCAUACGGUAGGAGACCUGCUUCAGACCCUCGGUUAAUGAAUACUUAUAAUCCAAGAAGAUUUCCAAACACAUCCCCUUCUAAAACAAACAAUCUGCGAACUGAUGAAGCUGCAGAAGUCAAGGCGAGCACAUUAAAAAACUGCACAUCUACUUUUCCUGACCAGAGAAGCAGGGAUCUGCCUACAAGUGUGACAAAUGACUCCAGUGAAGGUGUUCUACUUACCACAUAUUUUUCUGUUGAUAACUGCAUGACAGACACUUACAGAAUGAAAUAUCACCAUCAGAAGUCUCCGUUUUAUGGCAUGGGUACUAAAGGAGGCAGUAGUCAACCAGAAGAACAGAUGUCAUCAUCCGCAAAUUUCUUGAUGGUCAGAAACCGAACUGGCCUAUCUGAGGCUCUAAAAUCUCCAGAAAUAACAAAGACCCAAGCUGAAACAGGUUAUCCAGUUAACAAAACAGUUGCAAAGUGGAAUCCAAUAACCCCAAGGCUGCCAAGAGAGCCAAGUUACUGGUGAAAAGUGCUAUGAUCAAAUGCUGAUGACCAGAUUAAAGUGAAUGAGGACACUGCACAUUUGUAUCUUCCCGUCUGGACAGUUCACCGUAGCUCAAGGGCAAGAUUAGUGGCAGCGUGGUACUCGCUAGUAUAGGGCAGGCCCGGUCACAAAGCUGCACUAUUUCUAGUAUUUCGUUUUUGACCCGUUUAGCGUAACUGAAAAGCGUUUUUACCAUGAAGACGUUUCUACAUAUUUUAAUACCGUUGGAUUAACGUGCUAAUUUAAGCAAAAUCUGCUUCUUUCGUAUCUGCGUACCAAGAGAAGAACGUCUUCUUUUUUUUUAAGGCUUGACGUUAUUUCAGUUGUAAAGCCUCAUGUAAGCAGUGCAGAUUUUUCUAAUGAACAUACUUAAAUGUUGGAAUGAAUUGCAUAAUCGGUUUAAUUUCUACCCCGUGAUUUUAAGGUGGAGUUUAAAAUUUGAGAAUAAGGUGAAAACUGGUUUACUAUUCACCAAAAACCAAGAAGUGAAACUCUGUUAAAAUGAUAAAACCAGACUGUUGCUCUCAUCCCCUGCAAUGAUUUGGGAAUUUGCAUUAUAAAAAAAAAAAAAAAAUGCGGAAUACGUGGCAUCAAAAAUUGGAUGGGGGGAUGGGGACGACGGAAAACAUCUCAAGGACCACAAAACUACUGGAAGACGAGGCCUUGCGACUUGACGCUGUCACCGGAGCCCUCUGCUGGUCUGCGGAUUACGGCAGAGUUCAUUCCUAACAGAGGAGGAGUGCUCAGUAUGGCCAAGGUGACCCCAUUUACAUGUUUUCAUUUGUUUUAACGUUACAAAUACAAAAAUGAGGCAGCUAAAGAAAAAAGGUGACAACUCUGGGCAGCAGUUAAAACUCCUCCAGUUAAGGCGGUGGCCACCAUUUUACGUAUUUCUAACUGGCGUCUAAAAACGACAAAACACUACGCGUCUGAUCAAUCAAAAAAUAGCACACAAUAAAAGUAACCGUUAAGGUCACAGUGCGUAUGGGACUGAGGACGCCAUUUCACGCCUCUGCGUAAUCACUUUCGCCAAAUGUAAAGUAACUAGGAUAUGGUUUAUUUUUUUAACUUGUUAUCGAUAUUUUUAAUACACUCCCUUCACUUGCUGAUUUUUAUGCUCUUGUAUACGGAUUGUCAAGUAUGACACUAACAAUGUAAAAAACCUAAGUUGCUAGGAAGUGCCUUUCUGUACGAUACCAGAUCUGUAACUUAUGUAAAUGGCGAUUUUUAUGAGAGGAAAAUGUUUAACAUUUUAUAGCAAUAAUGUACAAAGAAGGUUGCUUUUUGUAAAUUUUGCAUCUUAUAUAUGAUAACAUAUGAAUAAAUGUCAGAAUCUGA